GCAUGGAAAAGGCGGGGAAAAGAUGGGAGGAUGGCUUUCCUGAUUGGACGGGGCGCCCGGGGGGGGCGUGGCAGGGUUCUGGAUGGCACUUCCGACGGAAGAGAGGCCGGCGGGCGGACGAGCGGACGGGCGCCGAGUUCGCGGCCAGUCAUCGCCAAGGGAAGAGGAGGAGGCUCUCCCAGUGCCAGUACUGGUUUGGCCAUGGAGGCGGAGACACGGAGUGUGCAGAUCCAGUUCCCGCAGUACGCGUCGGUGCUGCUGGAGUCGCUGAACAAGCACCGCCUGGAGGGCAAGUUCUGCGACCUGGCGGUCCACGUCCAGGGGAGGGUCUUCCGGGCCCACAAGAGCGUCCUGGCGGCCGCUUCGCCCUACUUCCACGACAAGCUCCUCCUCCGUGACACUGACUGCCUGGUGCUUCCGGCUGUCAUCGAGCCUGAGGCCUUCGAGAACCUGCUGCAGCUGAUCUACUCGGGCCGCCUGAGGCUCCUGCUGGAGGCCCUGCCCAGCCACCUCCUCGUGGCUAGCGGCCUACAGAUGUGGCAGGUGGUGGACCAGUUCUCGGCCAUCCUCAAGGAGCUGGACGGCGGGCCCUGCCGGCCCUGGGGGCUCCCCCGAGCCACUGAGAGCCAGUCCCCCAGCAGCAGCAACUAUUUCGUUGGCCCCCGGGAUGAUGACGGGGAGGGGGCUACCAUUGCUGGGGCUGUGGGGGGAGCCGAGGGCGAGGAGGAGGAGGAGGGCGAGGUGAUGAAGAUCCGGGUCAACCAUGAUGCUGAAGAGGAAGAGGACGAUGAAGAGGAGGAAGAGGAGGAGCAGCAGCAGCCCCACCGGGGCCCUGUCCGCAGUGAGGGGGGCCCCUCUGCCCAGGCCAGGGGUCCACGUGGGGAGCAGGGCGCCCCCUCUUCUUCCUCCUCUUCCUCCCAUGACACUGCUCCUCGGGUCUUCUACAUCAAACAGGAACGCUUUGACCCCGGGGAGGGCCCUGCCGACGGUGGGCUCGGGGGCUCCAUGGGGAGGCCGUUGGGGUCGGCAUCUGAGGGUCCCUCGGGGCUGUGCCAUGCAGAGAUCCAGGAGUCAGGGCAGGUCAGCUACAUUUAUCCCGGGGGCCCCUCGUGGCUCUCCCCGCCACCUCCGGCAUCCGGUUUCUCCGGCAAAGGCCAGGUCUUCUCGGCGGAUUCGGUGGCCUUCCCCGAGAGCUCCUGGAAGCCCCUGGACCUCCAUGGCAAUGAGAUCCUGGCCCAGGGGGCCCACGGCCAGGCGGCCCACGCCCCGGUUAAGCUGCUCUCGGCCCCCGACGGGAAGCGCUUCGGCUGCCUGUGCGGGAAGCGCUUCGCGGUGAAGCCCAAGCGGGACCGGCACAUCCUGCUGACCUUCAGCCUGCGGCCCUUCGGCUGCUCUGUCUGCAACAAGAAGUUCAAGCUGAAGCACCACCUGACGGAGCACAUGAAGACCCACGAGGGCACCCUCUACGCCUGCGAGGACUGCGGACGCAAGUUCCGUGUCCAGAGCUGCUUCCUCAAGCACAAGGAACUCUGCAAGGGGCAAGGCUGGGCCACCGCCUGCUGGACCUACAAGUAGCCCCCCAGUGGAGAGCCACAGCCCACGGAGGCACCUCCGGCAGAACUCUCAGCAAGGCCCAUGGACAGAUGGACAGGCGAGGGCACCUGGGGGGACCACCUCCGUUCCCAGGAAAGGUCCCUCCACGUGGGGAUUGGACAGGCAGGUUUUGGGUCAAAGGGGUCAAAAGUGGACUCCUCUAGAACUGAGGGUAAACCUCCCAGCAUCCGAUUCAGCUGUGGGUGCAGAGCCUUUUCUAGCCUUCUGUCCCUGGAUUCAGUGGUCAGCUUGCUCCAGCCAUGAUGGAAGAUCUAGAGAUCAGUAGGGAGAACACCAAUUCACUUUCUAGGGAUUUCUCGGCCCUACAGUGUGGCAGGCCUGCAUAACUCAGCAAUAAUAAGGGGCCAAAACUGAAGUAAGCCAAACUUCUUCAGGCCAUUGCCCAGUUGGCUGAGACUCCUCGUGUGACCACCAGUUGGCUCUGCCCCUUCUCACAUCGACAUUCACAGAAUCAGGGGGGUUGACCUGAAGUUUUGCCCUCUUCUUCAUUCGACAGGAAGGGUUAAUUGGAGAUCCAGUGGGAGAUACAGCCUCUAAACCCUUUAGGGAGCCAUAUGCGACCCGUGAGCCAUACAUUGUGCAGGCCUGCUGUGUGGUCAGCUCCCUCCAAUCCUGCCGGAAAGGUCUAGAGCAGGACUGCAGAAGAGAAGGCUGAGAGGAGACAUGAUAGCCAUGUACAAAUACGUGAAGGGAAGUCAAAGGGAGGAGGGAGCAAGCUUGUUUUCUGCUGCCCUGCAGACUAGGACACGGAACAAUGGCUUCAAACUACAGGAAAGGAGAUUCCACCUGAACAUCAGGAAGAACUUCCUCACUGUGAGAGCUGUUCGACAGUGGAACUCUCUCCCCGGGGCCGUGGUGGAGGCUCCUUCCUUGGAGGCUUUUAAGCAGAGGCUGGAUGGCCAUCUGUCGGGGGUGCUUUGAAUGCGAUUUCCUGCUUCUUAGCAGGGUUGGACUGGAUGGCCCAUGUGGUCUCUUCCAACUCUACUAUUCUAUGAUUCUAUGAUUCUAUGACUACACAACCUUCCGCCUUCUACAUUUUUUGAACUUCAGUUCCAAGAAUCUCUGACCAUUGGGCCAGCUGCCUGGGACUUCUGGAAGUUGGGAGUCUUAAACCCCUGAAGGGUUAUGGGCCCGGUCUAGAGAUUGCUAGGGAGAACUCCGCUUGCGCGAUCUCUAGGUCCUCCAGUGUGGCAGGCCUGCACAACUUGGCAAUAGUAAGGGGCCAGAAUUCAAAGGGGCCAAAGGUCUUCAGGCUUCCCAGUCUUGAUUGCCUACAUGUGGCCACACAGAGGUCUUGUGCCUCCACAGAAUGAGGAGAUGAGACCUGAACCAGUAGUCUUCUGCUCCCAUGGACUACAGGGGUUGUAGGGCCUUAUGUUGUGCAGGUCUGCCGUAUGGUCAGCUGCCUCCAGUCAUGCUGGAAAAUCUGGAGAUUACUCGGGAGAACCCCAUUCUAGGGAUCUCUAGGACUUCCAGUGCGAUUCUGUGGUUGGCGUGCAGCAGAAGUUGGUCACAAAGUCAUGCUGGAAGACCUAGGUUCUAGAGAGCUGUUCUAUAUCAGAGAACCUAUUGGAUGAAAUUAAAAUAAAUUUAUUUCUUAUAUUGUUGAAGGCUUUUACGACUAGAAUCACUGGGGCGUUGUGUAGUUUCUGGGCUGUAUGGCCAUGUUCUAGCAGCACUUUCUCCUGACGUUGCAUCUGCAUCUGUGGCUGGCAUCUUCAGAGGUUCCUCUGCAAAAUGUCAGGAGAAAAUGCUGCUAGAACUCAGCCAUACAGUCCAGUGACCACACAACACCCCAUUCUCCAUCGUGGUCAACUGUGAAAUCGCACAUAUGUAUGUGAAAUCGCACAUAUACACUAUGUGCAAAUUUCACAGGUGACUACUCGGAGAAAUACGGUUACAGGUAAGCAACCUUUACAUUUCUUUAUGGAUUUUCUCUGUCACGGGGGUCUUGUGCCUGAUACUCCAGCAAAUGUGGAGAUUAGUUGUAUGAGGGUCAUUAAAAAAAGAAUGCCCCAUGUUUGUUUUCUCAGCCAUUAUCAGAUAGAGAAGUGCACGUUGCUUCAAAUCUGAUGUUUCUCCUGCGGAUGUGCGGAGUUUCAACUCAUUCUGAAGGAUAGCAGAGCUAUAGCGAACUGCUAAAUAUGCAGGUUUCAAUUAUGAGCAACAAGUUGCAGUUGAAUUCUCAAUUGUAAAGUUGUAAAUGAACGAUAGACGUCUUCCACCCUGAAACAUCCUGGCUCCAUCUCAGUUUCCCGGCAGAUGUUGACUCUGCGUAAUUGGUGUUGAUAACGCAAGCAGCCUUGUGUAGACUCCCUUCUUAACAUAAGAAAUCUUGCAAACAUUUCCUAAACUUAAAAGAGCCAUUGUCUCUGAUUGAUGUAAACACGUUGUCUUUCCUCAAAAGUUCAACAAUUAAUCAUUGUCAUAGUUCCUAUCAAUGUCGGCAGUUCAUCAACUUUUAAUUACAGUUCAGCAGUUUUCCAGGCAUCAGGUGUCUCCAAAAUUAGUAGCUCUCAUUCAUUCAACUUGAAUACAGUUCCAUUCAAACCAUAUAUCAUUUUUCAUUGUUAUACCCCCUCGGUAUCAAAACAUUCCCAAAAUUUGGAAGAAGCUGUUUUCCUCUGAUUUCUUGCAUCUUUGCUGUGAAACUUGGUUAAAAAAACUAUUUUGAGCAGACUUGGGAACACCCGAGAGCUACAAUAACACACACUCUUCUAGUAUUUACCGACAACUUUUCUCAGCUAUCAACAGCUACUCAAGUAUUAGCUGUCGACGGAGCAAUGUCUGGAAACUGGAGGAGACUCUAAUACAGGGGUCCUCAAACUUUUUAAUCGGAGGGCCGAUCCACAAUCCUUCAGACUGUUGAGGGGCCGGAUUAUCAUUUGAAAAAAAAAAUACAAACAAAUUCCGAUACACACUGCACAUGUCUUAUCUGUAGUGCAAAAACAACAACAACAACAACAACAACAACAACAACAAUGAAAGAACAAUACAAUAUUUAAAAAUAAAAACAAUUUUAACCCAACAUACAUUUAUCAGGAUUUCAAUGGGAAGUGUGCUCCUGCUUCUGGCCAAUGAGAUAGUCAAGUUAAUUAGGGUUGUUGUUGUUGUUGUGUGCCUUCAAGUCAUUUAGCCUAAGUCUAAAAUGUAUUUAUUUAUUAUUUAUUUAUUUACUGCAUUUAUUUACUACAUUUGUAUCACACCCUUCUCACCCCAAAGGGGACUCAAGAGUGGUUUACAAAUUAUAUGUACAUACAAUAUAUUAUAUUAUUAGCAUAGCACAAUAUUAGCAUUAUAUAUCACUAUAUUGAACUAUACCACUAUACUGUAAUAUUAUAUGUAAUAUAUAACAUAUAAUUAAUAUUAUUAUAUGGUAUUAUUAUUAGUGUUAUAUUGUAUUACAUUAUAAUAUUAUUAUCAAUAUUAUAUGUAUAUACAAUAUAUCUAUAUAUAUAAAAGAGUGAUGGCAUCACGGCAAUUCACAAAACAACAAAACUACAGGCCCCCCAACCUCGAAAUUUGACAACACAACCCAUCAUCCACGCCUCUAGGUUGAUACAACAAAAAGAAAAGAAAAAUAAAGUCCCAAUUAGAGAGAGAGGAAUAAUUGCUUUUAUCCAAUUGCUGCCAGUUAGAAGGCUAAGCUCCUCCAACUUGGGUCUCCUAGCAACCCAAUAAAAAUAAUAAAAAACACUAAAAAAUAAUAAAAAACACUAAAAAAAUUAAUACAAUAAAAUACCGUAAUAACAAAAAUAACUAAAAAUUAUACAAGAAAAUAAUAAAAUAUAAUAAAUAAAAAGAUAACUUAGAAUAAAAUUAAUUAAAAAUACAAAUAAAAAUUACACAACAAUUUUUAACCAAUACCACCACCACUUUGCCACAGCAACGCGUGGCCGGGCACAGCUAGUUAUAUUAUAAAACUGAGGGCGGGGGCCAGGUCAAUGACCUCGGAGGGCCGCAUCCGGCCCCCAGGCCUUAGUUUGGGGACCCCUGCUCUAAUGCCUGGAAUAAACAAAGGAGUUUAAGACUUCUUGUUUUCUUUAUUCUGUUUCUUCUUACCCUUCUGUCUUUCCCUGGUUAAUGGUAUAAUAUGAAAUUAAGCCCCAUGUUGUUCUCUUAGCAAUGACAUAUGGAUGCUCACCACAUUUUUGUUUUUGUGAAGCAAGAGACGCCAUUUUUAGCAGUUCGCUACAGCUCUGCCAUCCGUUGGAAUGACUUGAAUCUCUGCACAUCUGCAGGCGAAACAUCAGAUUCCUAGCAGGAAAAAUCACACUUUUCUACCUUUGUUAAUGGCUGAGAUAAAACGGAACAGCACUUUGUGUUCAUUUGAGAACUGCGCCCUGACCCUGCCUGUACCCCAAAAUCCAUGGUAUCCCAUUUCAUUCUUAUACAGAACUAGCUUCAGUGCCCAGUGUUGCCCGAGAAUAUAUUUCCUAAUGGGACAAAUCUUAACACGGAGCAUUUAUAAUCAAUAUUAUUAGAAAACACAUACCUGGGCAACACCUGUACGUAAGCUACCGUGUUUCCCCGAAAAUAAGACAGUGUCUUAUAUUAAUUUUUGCUCCCAAAGAUGUGCUAGGUCUUAUAUUCAGGGGAUGUCUUAUUUUUCAAUGAAGAAGAAUUCACAUUUAUUGCUGAACCAAAAAAUGAACAUUAUAUACUGUACAGUAGUUGUCAUCACAAACCAGCAUAACCAGACAAACUAUGAAUCCUAUCAAGAAUUUCUUGUUACUACCAUUAUUUCCAUGUACAACUGGUAUGUACAUUUACCAAUCCUGCAUGCUCUGGUGUUCUGUUUUGCAGGCGCCGGGCAUGCUUCCAAACAAAAAUUUUGCUAGGUCUUACUUUCGAGGGAGGCCUUAUAUUUAGCAAUUCAGCAAAGCUUCUACUAGGUCUUAUUUUUCGGGGAUGUCUUAUUUUUGGGGAAACAGGGUAGAUGUUAAUAAGCGGUUGGGUAAGUCCAGAACCCCCAUUGAAAUAAAUUCUUAUAUUGUUGCCUUGA